GAGACCUCUGGUUGAGUAGCAAGCCAGUGACGCGAAGAGAGGCUGCAGCAGCGGACCGCGUUGGUUUACUCACAGGCUUCGCUCUCUACAGAAGUUUCGCGAUGAUUUCGCACACGCAAAGUACACUUCGACGUUUGACUUGGGGGUAAAUAAUCUGGCAACAGCGAUAAGAGGCACGGGUGUCUGUCAUCUCUGAAAGGCUCCUCAACCAUUCUACCUCCGCUUGUCGCGAAGGGGCGUUUCCACGAACAUGACAGCUUCCACUGUUGACGCACGUGGUAAUACACCUCGCAAGAAAACAUCGCCGGAGGAGUGCUGGCAUGUGGCUGUAAUCGCCGGCUUGCUGACGUGCCUUGCAUCAGCCAUGACUCGCUCCUCGGGAUUCCUGUACGUUGGCAUCAUGGAGCAGUACGGAGUCGAUCACGAGAAAGCAUCGUGGCCAAUCGCUCUGUCGUCCGUGCUGAACAACAUGGCAGGGCUCAUCGCUGGACCAAUAUGCCAAAAGAUUGGAGCUGUCCCCGUCCUGCAUGCAGGCUGCGUAAUCAUGUGGUUGUCGCUGAUCGCCAGUAGCUUCUCACCGAACAUUGCGUGGCUGGCUAUCACUAUGGGUGCAUUAUUUGGAACUGGCAGUGGUACGACGUUCAUGACACUGCACGUACUAGUGAAUCAACGUUUCCAAAAAUACGCCGGGCUUGCGCUGGGUAUUAUGUACACCGGUUGCACGGCAUCUGCCUUCAUCUUUCCGAGGCUCCUUCUCUUCCUUGCCAAUACCUAUGGAUUUCGAGGAAGUGUGCUAAUAUUCGGUGGCGUAGUGAUGCAUGCAACUGCUCUCGCCUUGUUGCUGAAGAAUCCAGAUACGGUACAACACAAUAGAAAACUUGCAAAACCCACGGCUGCAGUUACAAAAGCAGGCAUCUUCACGGUUGAAAAAGACCGGAGCAGCAUCUUGGAAGAUUUUCAAAAACAGGCAUCCAUCGACAACCAGAGGCGACCGGACCCCACAAGCCUCACAUACGGCGUAACGGUGCUGAGCAGUCCCAUGCUUUAUGUCAUUCUGUUCACGUAUGUUGUGUUAAAUUUUAACUUUGGCGUGUAUAUGACAACUGUUGUGGACUUUGCAAUUGACAGGGGUUGGACUGUCGCCAGCGCUGUAAACCUUGUGCCUCUUUUUUCAAUCACGGACACCGUGGGACGUCUAGGGCUUCCCGUGUUAGCAGACAAGGGAUAUAUACGCCGCAGUACCCUGGCGAUGCUGAACUAUAUACUCAUGGCAGUCAGCAUGCUUGCGCUGCCUUUCUCAUCGUCUUACGCAAGCCUGCUUAUGGUGUGUAUGUGCAUAGCAAUGUUUCAAGGCUGUGGUAUGCCCUUGUAUCCAGCUCUCAUGGCCGAGUACAUCGGGAUUGAAAGACUGCCCAUUGGCUAUGCCAUCGUGGGCGCAGUGGCGGGCCCACUAUACUUGUUGAACCCGCUUUUUAUAGGACACUUCAGAGACAAGAUGGGUUCUUACGACAACAUGUAUAGGACUCUAGCAAUAACUUUGGCCUUGGUCGGGAUGACCUGGUCGGUUGUUGUUUGUGCCGAGAGGAAGAGAACAAGAAGGUGGAGUGGGAGCUACAACAAAGAAGAAAGCAUGUACAUCACCAACACAUCUCUUGAACGGUCGGGAAAUUACCAAUCCUUUCCAAGGUCGUAAGCGCAGGUGCUUAAAUUAAUGUUCUGAAUGAAUGGGGAAGUUGUAUUAGCAAUGGUGGGCUUAUAUUCUCAAAGCGUGAAGGUUGUCAAGUUACGGUUUGCAAUAUCAGCUUUCGGAUGGCAAUUAACAUUGCAAUUUUACACGAAAAGGAACAGAUGACGUGAAGAGUGUGUCAUAAUAUUCUCCAUGACAUUCAUAUAAAAGACAUGACUGAAAGCACUGCCAGAAAAAUGGCAGGACUAAGAGAAAUCUACAUCUUUGCGUAACAGGAGAGGUAGGAAAAUUUUAGGGUUUGUUUCUUCAUUCAACAAAACCCUAAUGAGGCUUGGCAGAUAAUUUAGCAAAGGAAAGUAUGGGCAAGUUUAUUUGCACCGCU